CCCAUCUUUUUCUUCCACGCUCAUCUAAUUUUCUUCUGCAGUAGCUCUUCUUUAUCUCUCUUAGGGUUAGGGUUUUCGUUUUCUCUCUUCUUCUCUGUUCAUUCUCUGUUCCCAUGGCUCAGCAAGAUGCACAAAAUGGCGUGGCGGAGAAUGUCGCUGCUGCGGUGUCUUUUCUGGCUGUGAAGCCGCAGCUUCUGGUCGAAGCUCCCAAAGCAAACGACGCCGUUUCCUUCUACAAGGCUGCGUUUGGCGCAGAGGAAGUUUCCCGCGCGCUCAACCCUAAGCGCAAAGCAGAUCACGAGCUUCCUCUCAUACUCUCGGCUGAGCUCAAAAUCGCUGGCUCCACCAUUCUCGUCGCUGACCUCGUCGAUGACUCUACUUCACCAGUGAAGGCGGGUGGAAACGGUGUCGUUUUGUGUUUGGAGACCGAGGACGUGCAGGGGGCUGUAGCUAAAGCGGUGAGUGCUGGGGCUGUUGUGGAAGAGGAAGUUGCUGAAAUUGAAGGCGCGUGCUGUGGUGGGCGCGUGGGGAAGGUCAAGGACCCUUAUGGUUUUGUCUGGCUCUUGAGCUCCCCGGGGAAGAAAAGUGUUGACGUGGAAGCCUAAUGUGCGUUAGAUCAGUUGGUGUGUUUCUGACAGUUGGGAUUUUCUGUUUGUUUUUAGUUGUAGCAGUGAUUAGUUUAAUGACCUGGUUGUCUAGGGCAAUGUCUUUAGGAUUUGAUUGAGUGAGUUUAAUCUAAUGUUGGUACUCUAUAUGGUGUAUUUUGGAACUUUAGUCUUCAUGUCAAUGAUCGAUGCUGACCCAUAAAAGAUUAAUUGGCUUAUUGAUAUUGUUCUAAUUUCUUUUUGUUA